AUGUUUAACCGAGCGGUGGUACCAGUUGUGCGGGGCGGCCCGGGGCCGGCUGGCGGUGGCUCCCAGCGGGGCCAAGCGGGUGCCGCCGCCACCACCCCAAGCGAGGGGUGCGGGGGGCGAAUGGAGGCGGAGGGCGAGCGGGGCUGGGAGCCCCGACAGGGCACGAGGCCCAGAACGCUCCCACGGGGCCUGCAGCGACCGAGCCCCGGAGCGGAGCAGGAGGGACCCGUGGUGGGGAAAGAAACGCGCCUGAGGGUGGUGCUGAGGGUCCGGCCGCUGACCUGCACGGAGACACGCCGAGGUGACCGGCGGGUGGUGCACAGCCUGGGCGACGGCACCGUCCACGUGAGCGCGGCCAGGCACGACGCCACCUUCGGGUUCAGCGCCGUCUUCGACGCGGGCGCCUCGCAGGAGGCCGUCUUCGAGGGCAGCGGGAUGAGGCAGCUGGUGGAGCUGGCGAUAGACGGCUUCUCCUGCACCGUCUUCGCCUUCGGACAGACGGGCUCGGGGAAGACCUACACCCUGAUGGGGCCUCUGGGGCAGCCGGCGGCCCCGGCUGUGCUGGGGCUGAUGCAGAGAUCCUUCGCCUGCCUCCUGGAGCACAGCCGGAGCCACAGCCCCAGCCUGGCGCUCAGUGCCUCCUACCUGGAGGUCUACAACGAGCAGGUAGGUGCCUGCACGGCCGCCCAGCCCGGCCCCGCUGCCACCCCGUGCCCUGGCCCCGCUGCCUCCCUCCGCCGUCCCCCCCAGGUCAGGGACCUGCUGAGCCCCGGGCCGCCGUGCACCCUGCCCCUGCGCUGGAGCAAAACCCGUGGCUUCUACGUGGAGAACCAGCUCAGCGUGGACUUCGAGAGCCUGGAGGCCAUCGUCGACCUGCUCCUGCAAGGUUCCCGGAGGCGCCGGACCUCUGCGCACGCCCUCAACAGGCACUCGAGCCGCAGCCACGCUCUCCUGACCAUCCACAUCCGCAGCCGAGCCCCCAGCACCAGCCCCAGCAAGCAGGGCACGCUGUGCUUCGUGGACCUGGCCGGCAGCGAGCGGGUGAAGGACACCGGCUCCACCGGGGAGCUCUGCGUGGAGGCCAACAACAUCAACCGCAGCCUGCUGGCGCUGGGACACUGCAUCUCCCUGCUGGCCAAGCCCCAAGGGAAGCGGACACACAUUCCCUACAGGGACAGCAAGCUCACCCGGCUGCUGGCCCGCUCCCUGAGCGGCUGGGGCGUCACGCUGAUGGUCGCUUGCAUCUCCCCGUCCUCGCGCUGCCUCUCGGAGACGCUGAGCACGCUGCACUACGCCAGCCGAGCCUGCAGGGUCACCACCAGACCCGUGGCCAACAGGGUCCCCCGGGAGAAGCUGCUGCAAACCUUGGAGGAAGAGAUCCGGGCCCUGCAGCUGGAGAACCUCUCCCUGCGCCAGCAGCUCUGCCUGCCCACGGUGCCGACGAGGAGUGGGGAGGUGCUGGGGACCCCCCCGAGGCCGGGGGCACAGCCAGGCUGGGCGGGCAGGUACGGCCACAUGGGGCCACCCGAAGGGCAGCUCCUGUCGGAGGGAGCCCCAGCCUGGCCCAGCCUCUACGGCCUCCUGCGGGACUUCGUGGUGGAGAACGAGCAGCUCAGAGGGCCCCGCAGCUCCUGCGGCAGCCAGGUCCCUCUCCGGAGCACCCACGUCCUGCUCGGCCACCCCACGCAGCUCCGGCAGCCCCACGCGACACCCGCCUCCGGGCACCAGCUGCCGAAACUGCCUCCUGCCUCCGGCUGCCCCCAGUGCUGCCCCAGUUUGCCUGAUGCCAUCGUGCCCCAGGUGCUGCCGGGACUCCCCAUGCCACAGCCGGUCCCCCUCGGCAUCCCGCUGCCCGGCCAGGAGGACGCGGCUCUGCCCGGCUCCCGGCCACACCAGGGAAAGCGCCAGGGAAGGAGCAGGAGCUCGUCUCGGCGGCACCCGGUGCCACGGGACAGCCGGGAGCCACCGGGCCCCGAGCGCUGGCCCAGCCCCGAGAGAAGGGUCGUGCCUUCGGCCCCACCGUGGCCAGGCCCAGGCCUGCUGGAGCCUGGAGCCGCUGGAGCUGUCCCUCUGCCACAGUGGGAAGAGGCCCCGGGCUGGCUGGCGGAGCAGAUCUGA